AGAGGCUUGAAGCCUUAACCUUAUCUGAUUUGUAUAUUAUGCUGAUAUGUCCUCUACUUAUGAAGCAAAAGGUCAUGCGAGAGGUUACAAAGAUUGAACGCUUUAAUUAUCUUUUGUAACAAUUAUAUGAGAAUAACAGGAGUUUUAGGAAUAGCUCAUUGUAUUCAUUGUUUAUGACUUUGGUGAUCUGGAACCUUUGAUUACUGAGGAAGUUAGAAAAACCAGAGUUGGAAAUUCUUUUCACUACAAGCUUCAAAAUUCAACUUUUCCAGUAUUUAUCCAAUCUUAAAGUUAUUCUGAUUAGUAAAGUUUUCUGAUAGACUUUCCUGAUCUGGUUUACACAUCUAAUACUGAAGAGAGUCGUGUAGCAGAAUCAUAAAUGCCAGAAACGUGAAGCCAAGAAUGUUAGCUGUUGCUUUUAGACACAUUUGAUUUUGCUUGCCCAGUAAACUUUGAGUUCCAGAACUAUACAAUCAUCACAAGUCAAUGUAAAGGGCCCAAGUACCCUCCCAAAACCUGCUGUGCAGCAUUCAAGGAAUUUGCUUGCCCUUUUGCGGAUGUCUUGAAUGACUUGACCAAUAACUGUGCAUCAACCAUGUUCAGCUACAUCAACCUCUAUGGGAAAUACCCUCCUGGCCUUUUUGCCAGUGCUUGCCAGGAAGGAAAAAAGGGGCUUUACUGCCCUGCAACCCCACCACCGCAUUCGCCUGAUGCUUGCCCAGUAAACUUUGAGUUUCAGAACUAUACAGUCAUCACAAGUCAAUGUAAAGGGCCCAAGUACGCACCUGAAACCUGUUGUGCAGCAUUCAAGGAAUUUGCUUGCCCAUUUGCAGAUGUCUUGAAUGACUUGACCAAUGACUGCGCAUCAACCAUGUUCAGCUACAUUAACCUCUAUGGGAAAUACCCUCCUGGUCUUUUUGCUAGUGAAUGCCGGGAAGGAAAGGAGGGGCUUGAAUGCCCUGCACCACCACCAUCGCACUUGGCUGAUGAUAAAAAUGGCCAGAUGAUGCAGAAUCCAUCCCUAAUGCUUACAUCUGGAUUCCUUGUGCUGUUAGUUCACUUGUUCUGAAGGCUCAAAAUGUUGAGUCCAUUCUUUCACUCCAAUGAUUUGUCUUAACCACGUCUGAGCUACAUUCGCUUCAUUAUAUUUUAAAUGUGCUCCAGUUGAAACCAUUUCUUAGGCAUAUACCAAAAAUUUAAUUUGUAUAUUGUUUGUGAUUUGUCGAGAGAUUCGUGUAUAAACCUAUAUGUACCCCAAAUUUAAAUUCAAGGGCUCAUGUAAUCUAUUCUUUUUCCUCUUUUUA